AUGGCGCAGAACAUUACAGAGCAUGUGCAGAACAUUACGAAGCUCCCAGCGAAGUUUCUACACGAAUUCUUGGAUCGCGAGUUGCCCAAUAUCACGCUCUGCCCCGCGGUAGCUCCAGGCCAGACUACCCUUACAGAGGCUUGGCUUGCUUUUGCGGACAAUGUCAACAGCACUAUGAGCACAAAGUUUCCUUCAUGCGAUUUCAAGGUUCUCUCUUUCGGCACCUUCCACGAGGAGUCAUUCGCUAAAUCUUUCAAGAUUCCUGUCUUGGAGUGGAACAUAUCCCUCUCAUUCACCAUCCCUGCUGGGGAGCUCUGGCAACUUGCCAAGGAUCAGCUCACGGCGGACUCCCUGACCACAUCCCUAGUUGCAGUCACUGUCAAGAGCUGCGACGGUGUGACAUUGGACCCUGGCAGCCAGACUGCCAAAGAUAUCGCCAAGGAGUUGCAAGCCAUUGGGGCUAACGCCCCAAGCGAACUGUCGGCUCGUGUGAACUGCCAGACCCUGCUGCUGGACGCAAUCCAAGAGGGCAUCAGAGAAACCAUGGACCUCUCGUCCCUGACACUGCCAGUUGCGCUAUUCGUUCUCUCCCUCAUGGUGAGGAAUGUCCGGCUCGUGUUGUGCACCAUCAUCAAUUUAUCCGUAUGUUUGGCAAGUGCUUUAUUCUGUAUGUUUCCCAUCGCGCAGCAUGUGACUGUGAGUACGACUGCGCCCUCUUUGAUGGUGGCUACAGCCCUGGCCAUGUCGAUUGAUUAUUCACUAUUUUUGUUGACGCGCUUCCAAGGUGAAGUCAUAUCAGGCCGCUCCGUGGAUGUUGCCGUCACGAUUAUGCUAGCAACCUCGGGGAAAAUCGUGCUUGUGUCUGGGUUGACGCUCAUGCUCUGUUUCAUCAUGAUGUUAUGUUUACCGGUAGCAUUGAUUUCUUCGAUGGGCAUCAGCGCUUCGGUCACAGUCUUCAUGGCUGUGGCCGCAGCUCUCACGCUGACGCCGGUGCUCCUGCUGUCCUUCCCCCGCUUCUUCGGCGCGACGCGGCGCUACGGCCUCUCUGGCGAGGGCUGCUGCUGCGCCUGCCGCCGCCGCCGCGCUGGCGCGGGGGCCGACGGCACCGGGCCUGGCACGGGCGCCGGUGGCGCCGGCGCGGAAGCCGCGGCGGGGGCCGAGGCCGCGCGAGCGAAGGCCGAGGCCCCGCAGCCUGGGGGCGCUGCCGCCGAAGGGCUCAGCGCGUGCUGGCUCAGCUUCGGGGGCCGGGUGCAGAGGUUCUCGGCUUCCCGCGUUCCCGCCGUUGGCGGUCGCUCUACCGGUGGCACUCACCACCUCCCAGAGUUCAAGUAUUCCUACGGGCUGGUGCCGUUGAUGCCCACCCACGCGGACGCCACCGUCACGCUGAGGGACCUGCAGGACACCUUCGGCGUGGGCGCCGUCUUCCCCACGGGGCUGCUGCUCGUGCCCUCGCCCGGGGCGGCGGCGGCCGACCUCAAGGGCUGGCUGACGGAGGCUUGCCAGGCGCUCCAGGACAUCGCCGUGGACACGGGCUCGGCGGAAGGUGCUCCGCCCUUCACGGCUUCCGCCUUCACUGGGGCCAUGAUUCUUGAUGGCAAGUGCAGCACGUUGCCGCAGGCUUUGGGUCUCGGCCAGUGGAGCCACGUCGGCGGAGAGUACAGUGCAACGCAGGUGCAGAUCUCGUAUCAGGUUGACACGUUCUCGUUGGAAGGACAAGCUUGGGUAGUGCGCCUGCGCGAGGCGAUCCAGAAGCAUGCGGACGUCGGGACCUGGCACGUCACCGGGGAAGGCCCGGCUCAGAUGGACGUGGCAGACAAGACGUUCGAGAAGUUUCCGCUGAUGAUUGUCCUCAUUAUGUGCGUGACGUUUGCCCUCUUGGGGUUGUCCUUCAGAUCGUUGGUGGCGCCGCUUCGUGGCGUGCUUUGCUUGCUGUGGAUGCUCGUCAUAGCGUUCGGCGUCGCCAUCUUCACGUUUCAAAACGGUUGCUUUGAUUUUCUCGGCAUCCAGCAGAUUGGCGGACGCCAGGCGGGUGCCAUGAACUGGCUGUCUCCAUGCAUUUCGUUUUCCGUGCUGGUCGGGCUUGGCUUGGAUUACGACAUCUUCUAUUCCGAGAGGGUGGUCGAGGAGUGUGAGCACGGCUACUGUGAAGGAGAAGCGGCGGUGCGCGCGCUGGCGGCCACGGCCAACACUAUCAGCGCCGCCGGGCUGAUCAUGGUCAUCGCCUUCGCGUCCCUUCUGUUCAGCUCCACGCCCACGCUGAACGAGAUCGCGUUCCUGCUGGUUAUCGGCAUCCUCGUCGACUGCUUCGUCACCACGAAGAUCAUCAUCCCAGCCGUGAUGGGCCUCCUCAGGCGCCUCAAUUUCUGGCCGCGGCGCUUCGCGCCGCUGGGCAGUCCGCACGGUGCCGGCCUGCUCGAGGGCGCGGGCGCGGACCGCAUCUGA